GUUCGCAUUGAGAUAUUCACAAGGUCGGGAUGAUGAAGUCAACUCCUUUUUUGUCUUUGAUUAUUCUGUUCGUUUCGCUCGCAUGGAGUCGAGAAAUAUAUUCAGGAAAUGAUAUUGAUUUGGAACGCUUGCAAGGAGUCUGGUUUCUCACACUUGGUGUGGACGACUCGUCCUGGAACGUAUUAUGGAAGUGUCAUGUUGUUGCACCUUUCAACGCAACAGAGAAUAGGAUGGGUAUAUACUCAUACAACUUACCCAAGAAUAAAUCACAGAAUCCUCACUCCUUUACAGAUGAUUUAUACCGCGACCACCUGGGUCAAAUUUGGCAUAAUCAGCAGAUUGAGAAAAGAUGGGAAGAGAUAGCUACAGAGCUUUAUCAAGAACAACCUUCUGUUAACACAAAGAUAAGACCUCCUUCUGAAGGAGACCCCUGGUUCUACUCUCAUCCACAUGCCUAUUCAACCGACUAUUCUACAUUCUUUAGUAUUGUGUCUUCAAUGGAGGAUGAUCAGAAGCAUUUACAAAUUUUUACCAGGACGCCGACUAUAAAUGAUGACAAUCUUUCAGAUCUCCAAGCUUUUGCGGUUGAGCAAGGAAUCGACCCAAACACAUUAGUGACAUUCGGGUGUGGUGACCUGAUUCCAACAGAUUAUCUGUUAGAUAAAAGAUCGGCUUAG